GAAAAGCAGCAGCAGCAGGGAAAUCGUGUGGGCAGCAGCCAGUCGUUCAGCCACCCAGUCGCCCAGUCAGCCAGCCAGUUGGUCAGUCAGCCAGCUUGAAUCAGUUGCGACAGUUGAAUUAUGAAAACGUAUACAAAACUGGCUCGUUUUCGCCGCAGCAGCAGCAGCAGUCAAUUCGCCGCCUGAGAGCGAAGGAAAAAUUGUGUGUCCUUUGGUGUCGACGUGUCGCAGCGAAAAGGUAAAACUGCCGUUGGUGCGUUGCAUUCUUCACCUGCUGAAUAAUUGAGCCAGUGCAGCCGUAGCCAGAGGAAUCCUGGCCAGACGAGAGUGGACGAGUGGGUCGCGGGCGUGUGAAUAAUUGAUUGGGUAACCGUAAACAAAUCGAAUCGAGGGGAAUCGAAGCGGAGCGAAUCGAAUCCAUCGACACGGAAUCGCGGCGUAUGUCAGUCCAGUGCCAAGGCUGAGUCGAGUCCUUUUCCUUCUCCCCCAGCGAAAGGAGCUGCCGUUAUCGAUUUCUGUGUAUGUGUUUGUGUCAGCAACAACACAGCGGACCCCUCACCCACACACACGCAGCACAGCGCCAGCAGAAGGAUAUUCUUGUGGCAGCAGGAUCUGCAGCAGCAACUCAGACAGCAGCAACUGCAACAUCUGCAGCAGCAGCAACAUCUGCAACAACAACCGCAGCAACCUCAAGACAGACACCGCUCUAGACAGACAUAAUGGCGAGUGGCGGGGACCCCAAGUGGCAGAAGGAUGCCGCCGACCAGAACUUCGACUACAUGUUCAAGCUGCUCAUCAUCGGCAACUCCAGCGUGGGCAAGACCAGCUUCCUCUUCCGCUACGCCGACGAUAGCUUCACAUCCGCCUUCGUCUCCACGGUGGGCAUCGACUUCAAGGUGAAGACCGUCUUUCGGCACGACAAGCGCGUUAAGCUCCAGAUCUGGGACACGGCUGGCCAGGAGCGGUACCGCACCAUCACCACAGCCUACUACCGUGGAGCGAUGGGCUUCAUCCUGAUGUACGACGUUACCAACGAGGACAGUUUCAACUCGGUGCAGGAUUGGGUAACACAGAUCAAAACCUAUUCGUGGGACAACGCCCAGGUGAUCCUGGUGGGCAACAAGUGCGACAUGGAGGACCAGCGGGUGAUCAGCUUCGAACGUGGUCGCCAGUUGGCCGAUCAACUGGGUGUGGAGUUCUUCGAGACGUCCGCCAAGGAGAACGUGAACGUCAAGGCUGUUUUCGAGCGCCUGGUGGACAUCAUCUGCGACAAGAUGUCCGAGAGCCUGGACGCGGAUCCGACGUUAGUGGGUGGCGGCCAGAAGGGCCAGCGGCUGACGGAUCAGCCGCAGGGCACGCCCAAUGCCAACUGCAACUGUUAGAGGCCCGGUUGGGGAUCCCGACCCGAGGACAGGAUUGGAAGACAGCACCACAGAGAAACCACAUCCGCAACAGCCAUAGACAACAGAAUUUGAAAACUAGCUAAUUAGUCAGCAUUGAACAGGGGAUUGCAGCUAAUCCUUCAGUAAGCCGACGACGACGGUUCGGAUACCGAUGAGGAGAUAAUGAUGAUGAUAUGGGCAUGCACCACCCCCUUGGGGGGCUUUGUUUGUAUCGAUAUUUGUAUGUAUAUCCUUUGCGUUCGCUCGCCUCAGUGUAAAUGUCAAAUGUUAUUUAAUCCGAUGUUUGAAUUGUAAUUUGUAAUUUGUAACUUGUAAUUUGUAAUUGGUAAUUCGUAACCUGUAACCUGUAAUUUAAUUGGCUGGCCGCGGCGUGGCAAAAACAUUUGUUGAGCGUGUGUGAAUAUUGAGUUGAAUGACCAUUCAAGUUGAUAGAUCAAGAUCGAGAUCGAGGACGAGACAUUGAAAAAGAGCAAAGAAUUUAACGAAAGUCCGAUUCGGCACUAAUUAAGCGUGCACCCCGAGUGCUGAUUACAGUCAUUUGAUUUGAUUUGACCCCCAUCCGGGGGGGUCAAGAGAUCAGGAGGUCAGUCAGCACGAGUAUUUCGAACCGUUCUCCACAUCCACAUGUAAAUACGCUGGCUAAACUGUACAGUUUGAGAUGCUUGACGAAACGCACAAAGCUAGCGAAUCGGUGAAAUCGAACAGAAAACUAACUAUUUAGAACACCCUACCCACACACCCAUGUAUAUGUAUGGAUACACAACGGAACACUGACUAACACACACGCAAAGAGCACUGAGAACACACAAACACACCGGAAACGGAUAUAGUUAUACCCGGCUUGGAGCAUUCUAGCAAACACAAACAAAGCGGCCGAGUGGCAGGCCGUUAUUAUUAAAUAUUAUGAUUAUUAUUAUUAUGUACGUAUGUAUUUAUGUAGUGAAAUGGAAAAUUUUAAUGUGUUGCAAUGAUAAAGAAAUAUAUACAACAAAUAUACAUGUAUCGCAUAGAGAGUACUACCCAGACGCAGAGUUGCAUAGGUAAUCGCAGUUUUCUGUUUCCCGGAAACCCCCUACGAACACCUUCCGAGGGCCAGAGUGACAAUAACCCGCAGGAGAUCAGAUCCAGAAGCCCCCUAUCCCAAAGCCCCUUAAUGUCAGGCCACCCAGCUCGACUUUCACCGCCCACUUUUUGAUUUCCCCCUCGAGACUGUUGCGAACUGAAUCCGGAUUGCGAGUUACUUGAACCCACCGAGCCAGCUGAGAGAUCGGUGCAUUUAAUUUGCCAGAACCCCCACCCCGAACACCCCUUUUAUAAGCACUCACCACCCACUUUUCUACCUGUGUACCGCAGGGUAUACGAGCACUAUACAAGGCUUUCCUUUGUUAAACGCUUUAAGGACACACAAAACACAACAGAACAAACCGCUGCCGUGACUAAAUUCGAACGAAAUUUGCAAGCGGGGACUAGGACUUUGACUUUGGGGUCUAAAACUGCUGAAUCUGAAUAUGUAACUGAGAAAAUAUUAUAUUAUAUGUAUUUGCCAAUGCUCGUUAAUGUUAAAUAUGUGUACAAGCAGAGUUUCACUUGAAUUACGGUUAAAUUAAAGGCAUAUCGCUGUAUUAUAAAUACCCAAAACGAAAUACGACAAAACGAAAAGGAAAACCCAACCUGCAGCCAGGAAAAUUCACACAAAAUGCACAACGAGUUGCCAAGUGCCAGAGAGGAAAAGUGGGGAAGGAAACUGGGAUUUGGGCUCCGCCAUAUGGUAUUUGAGAUUCGGAAAGGAAAAGGGAGGUCAUGAUUCUAUACGAAAAUGCCUUAUACCAGUCCUUUUGGCAUUCGAACUGUUUUGUAAAAUAAUUAAUCAUACAACUUGCAUAGCCACUCCUUCAAGUAUUCGUCUUUGUAUUCUCGCGUGGAUUCGCUUUUAGUCAAGCCCCAAUUAAAUAAUCCAAUCCUAAACUAAAACUAAAAAUAUAAAUAUAACGACAACUAAAACCAAACUAGACCGGAGUAAAAUCAAAGCAAAUAAAACCAAUGUAAACGAGUAACAAUUGUUGAUGAAUACGUGCAUAGGCAUAACGCAAAUAGCAUUUUUGCGCUACAUUGUUGUCAUUUAAACCCAUACUUAGCAUAUUGAUUAUUGCAUUGUGUACUCGGCUAAACCAAAUGUUUGUAAACCCUAUGAAAACAAUUCCAAUUCCGGACACACAAUGGCAUUAUUUGUAUUCCAUUUGAAUUGCAAGCAGAGAAAUCCAACUGGACAACGUGUGCCAGAACGUCGAAAGUAACAUAAUUCAAUAUAUUAUAUUAUUCAAUGAUGGUUUUUAGACACUAACACGCAUCUGCAUACCCGUACUUAUGAGGAUAAUAACAUAGAUAUACAGAUACACACAUAUAUACAUAAUAUACACAUAAUGGUAUUGAAAUUAUUGUAUUCCCAUAAUAAAAUAUAUGCAAAAGGUGUAUGGUAAAACAAAGAA